AUGCAUCCUACCAGUGAUGGAAUUUUGGAAGAAGGGCCUCCCAGAUCGUCUUUAACGGAUCCUGAUAGUGAUGAAAUUUUGGAAGGAGGGCCUCCCAGAUCGUCUUUAACGGAUCCUGAUAGUGAUGAAACUUUGGAAGGAGGGCCUCCCAGAUCGUCUUUAACGGAUCCUGAUAGUGAUGAAAUUUUGGAAAGAGGGCCUCCCAGGUCGUCUUUAACAGAUCCUACCAGUGAUGAAAUUUUGGAAGGAGGACGUCCCAGAUCGUCUUUAACGGAUCCUACCAGUGAUGAAAUUUUGGAAGUAGGGCCUCCCAGAUCGUCUUUAACGGAUCCUGAUAGUGAUGAAAGUUUGGAAAGAGGGCCUCCCAGGUCGUCUUUAACAGAUCCUACCAGUGAUGAAAUUUUGGAAGGAGGGCCUCCCAGAUCGUCUUUAAUGGAUCCUACCAGAGAUGGAAUUUUGGAAGGAGGGCCUCCCAGAUCGUCUUUAACGGAUUCUGAUAGUGAUGAAAUUUUGGAAGAAGGGCCUCUCAGAUCGUCUUUAACGGAUCCUGAUAGUGAUGAAAUUUUGGAAAGAGGGCCUCCCAGGUCGUCUUUAACAGAUCCUACUAGUGAUGGAAUUUUGGAAGGAUGA